AUGGCAGAAGUCUCGUUAGGAGUCCUCCUACCGUCGCUGUGGGAGAUCGAGGUUGCCGUUGCCGGGGCUCUGCUGGUAAUCGCGGUAUACUCUUUUUUGGGAAGUUCUUCGGCCGUUGCUGGGGGGAUCAGCAGCGAUCGCGCUAUAAACGAUGACACGCUUGGGGCACGAGAAUUUCUUAAUCGGGAACUGGGCGAAAGAGAUUACAAGGUCAGUAAAUGAGGAUUUCUCGAUGUCUUUUAUGUUGAUGUAUACGUAUUUUGUGCUUAUUGAAAAGUUUCUGGGUAGAAAGUCAACGUAACUUGAGUUUUUUGUGCGAAAAAAAUUAUAUCUUCGCUGACUCAGAUGCUUUUUAUCUACCGCGGAUGAGUUCGUGCCACUGAGGAAAAGAAAAAGGACCCCUUAAGCAAAGCAUCUACGUGUAUUUUUCUCUGGCGGAAUUCUCCACAUAUUCUAAUUAAAUCCAUUAGACCACUUUUUUUGGAAAUUUCAAGGCUAAUAAGCUGCAAGCGAAACCCACUAUGAAGAUUGUGAAGCCUAAUCUCUUCACCAUAUUCUUUCACCCAAGCAUUCAAUACUAAAUCACUAGUAAUCUUAAUGCUGAAGAAAUCCGGUGUGAGGAAUUUGCAUCUUACUUAUGGACUGUCAGUGGGAGAUAAUAAUAUAAAAUAUAUAUUUUUAAAUAUAAAUAAUAAUAUUUUAGGUCUUAACUGUUGUCCAUGGCUUCAUUGAUUAGAAAAAUUCAUCACGCUCAAGAUCAUUGUGUCAGUGGUGAAAACGAAAGCACUGAUCCUGGUAUUCUCUCCUUGCAAUUUCCCUUUUUAUAUCUAAUGCUCUUAUUUCAGAUUUGGUUGAAAAUGGGAAAAGAAGUGAAGCUUUCAACAGAGCAGUGUUCUGGUUUUAAAAUAGAUAAGAUCCUCUGGGACACAAGGUGUUUCGCAUAUUUCUGCCACUUUAGGUUUUAAAGAAAAGAGCAGUCUAAUGUUUUUGCCAGAAAUGUGAUUCCUUCGGAUUGAACUUGUUUUCUCAAAUGCUGCGGGCAAUUACGACUAUUGUUGGACUAGUUAUCACUGGAUAUGACGAGCAGUGCCUUUCUAAUUUAUAGUGGAAAGUUAUUUUGAGGAAAAUCCUGAGGGAAGCUAUUUUUUUCUGGAAUUACGUCAGCUUAUAUAUAAUAUGAUCACAAGAUUACCUAAAGGCCGAGUGCCGUCCUUUUUGCACCUCAUAGUUUGGAACUGAAUAUGGGGCACGACAAUACACUAAGAACAACGAGGUAAUAAACAGCUUGGUGUAUGGUGCGGGAAUGGAUCCUUUGUGCUAUGUUUUAACGCAAGGAAACAGUUGAUGGUAUUCACUGUUGAUGGUAUUCAUUGGUAAUUUCAGCAUCACUGGCAGACUUGCAGGCAGGAUUAAGACUACAUCACAAUCCAGGGUAGUUUUAAUACUCUUUCCUUGCAGCUAGAAAUGAAUCACCGUUCUUCUUAUAGUUUCGGUAUUUUGUACUCUCAUUUAUUUUGCUAUUGAAGUUGAUAAGCUGCGGAAAAAUGGCCAACCAAUGACAUGACAGAAUGCUUUUUGUCUGUAGUCUGCCGAUGCUACUAUUUUAUUGUGUUCAAGUGUGCAUCAUUUUUAUAAUCCUUGGAUCACAUGUGUUUAUUACAGUAAUCUUUCGUCUAUUUUUUUCUCAUUUAAAGUGCCUAAUUAUUGAUAAGUUUCAUUUUUUAAUGAACCUCUUUUUCCUUUUGUACUUAGUUUCUGUUUUACCAGAAGUAUUAUGUAAAAUAUUUUACCAGAAGUAUUAUGUAAUAAUAUCUAUAUUUUUUGACAUGCAGUCCUGCACUUAUUUUUGUAGAUGGGUCAAAUGAAAGGAGAUUCAGAAGGCAAUUCUGCUUAUGUGAUAAAGGUAUUUCCCUUUUAUGGAAUGAACAUAGAUAGUUGUGCUUGUUUAUCAUGAUUUAAACUCCUGCAUAUGCUUUCCAUUGUUCUUCUGAUAAUGCAAUCUAUAUCACUGGCAUGCCCUUUCCUUUUAUGGACCAAGUUUUGUCUCGUUAUUCUGUAAUUGUUCUCUUCCUUUAACCUGUGUGUUAAUUUGUAUUAUUUCAGCUGGAGCUACUGGCUGCUAAGAACCUUAUUGGUGCAAAUUUGAAUGGGACUUCAGAUCCCUAUGCAAUAAUUAUGUGUGGCGAACAGAAACGUUUUAGGUGAAUUGUAUUUCGGUCUCCACAAGUACUCUCUUUUAAUUUUUAUGAAGCGACUUUUUUCUUUCUUGGAAGUCUCCAUGUGUGCUCUCUUUUAUUUUUUAUUGAACCUUUGUUAUAUUAUAAGCUUGCUGAUUAUAUGAAAGUAAUUACUCCUUUUUUCUUUUAUCUUGUGAACCUGAAUGUAGAACAAUGACGAGCUUGCUUUGAGAGAGCUUAUUCUCUGAUGAGAAAAACAGUAUUUCAUGUGUGAGCAUUUCAUCCAUUACCGUUGAUGAACCAGUGCUGGCAUCCAUUUUUUGGAAAAAAACAUUUAUUAUUAGGGAGAAGUCUCCCUCCUCAAUGAGAAGUUGAGUUUCAUUCUGUUUUAGGAUGCUCUCAUUCAUGUUAUCUUUUCUCUGACUGAUAGAACUGUAAGGGCUUUUCCUCAUUUCUUAGAUUGUUAGUACACUGUUUAGUCCAGUUGCAUGGUCUUGAUUAUUGCUCCUUUCCUCUGUGGUGAUGCAGCUCAAUGAUUCCAGGUUCAAGAAACCCAAUGUGGGGAGAGGAAUUCAAUUUUUUUGUUGAUGAACUUCCUGUUCAGGUAUCUAUCUUCUCAUCCCUAUGUAUAUCAUUAUUUAGGUAUCUAUCUUCCAAUUCAGUUUCUGAAUCUACCUUUAGAAAGUUGCUUUCAGCCUUUAUAGGGAAUCUAAAGCAGGAUCAUCUUGUUAGAGUUAUGCUUUUGGUCUAGUAUGAGUCGGGUCGGCCCAUUUAGUGGUUUGGGCCGAAGUAGCCCAAUUAUGUACAUAGAAUCCAAGUAUAAAUAUUAGGGUUCGUUGAUUACGGUUGUCUUCCUUUUUUCGAGUUGGAUGGUUACACAUUUCAUCAUUUUCCCUUUGAACUAACCUUUGAUUAAUUAAAGUCCAUCUCUUUAGUACAUUUGGAAGAUGGUGAAACAAGAAAACGUAUGUUCAUUAUAAAUAGGAAUGAUACAUCAUCAGUUUCUUGUUUCUUGAUAAUGGAAUUAAGUGUAAAUAGAGUUUGAACAUUGCCAAGCGUUUUUCCCUGACAUACACAAUCAAGAAGAUGUGCGAUUCACCAAUGAAUAUCCUGCAGUUUAGAAAAGUCAACCGUGAGCAGACUUUGAGUGACUGAUAUUGGACCGAGAAAAGGUAGAAUAGACAUUUUUUCUCCUACAUCCUUUUUCCUGAGAAGUAUUCAAAUCUUAUUUGGUUUGCAUUAGGUAGAAUUAAGAACGUGAUAAAGGCCCUUGUAACACUGAUAUUCUUCACUCGUCAAGGAUAUUUGCAUUACUAGGUGCUCUUCCUGGCGCUAUUUACUACUAUGAAAAUAGUCCUCCGUUUUUAUGAUAAUCUGAGAUGAAUUUGUUCUGGUCUAUUGCUUCAGCAGAUUGGUAUACAUUGCUGUGCAAUGAGAUGAGUUUCCAGAUGGACCCAUAAUAUUUGGAAUGCGAUGUUUGGGGUUUGUUGGGAUAAAUCCCUCUAUUGAUCAUUCCCAUUUUCGACCAUUAUUUAUAUUCACUCGUUAACCUUCAUAUGCGUGGGUUGUUACUAUUUUUUGAGAAGACUUGGAUAUCGUUUCUUAAUUGAGGUUUUACCAUUUUAUUUAGGUUAAUGUGACUAUAUACGAUUGGGAUAUAAUAUGGAAAAGCACAGUUCUUGGAUCUGUGACUGUACCAGUUAAAACCGAAGGGCAAACAGGAGCCAUCUGGUAUACAUUGAAUAGCCCUUCUGGACAGGUAAUUUGACCAAACCAUUAUAUGCAUCUACCAUACAUUUAUCUCUUAUCCUAACAAAAUUACCUUUCCCAGGUUUGUCUUCAUAUUAAAUCAGUGAGACUUCCUUCGGAUUCCCCUAGGUAACCUUCUGAGUUCAGAUUGAUAUAUUUGGCAUUUCAUUUCUCUUUUGCACUAAUCAAAACUUUUGAUGCCCUUUGAUUGCCAAUACAUGAUUCGCUCUCUCUUCCACCUACCCCCUUUCUCCCUCUCUCUUUUAAAGUGGAUUGGUACUGUAAAUUUAUUAUGCGUAAAACGCAGAUAAAUGAAUGUACACGUGUUAGAAACUCCAUAUACAAAAGCAGUAAAUACCAGGAAGACACAACCACGUUACCAGUACUCUCAAAUUAGAGUAAUUACCCGUCUCUUUACUACAAAAUACUCCUGCCCAAUCUUUUAUCCUUUAAAAAAUAACGAGAAAUACCAAUUGAAUAAUUGAUGUGUAUAAAUUUGCAAUUGUUUCAAAGGACCUAAAGAGUCACAUAAUCUACCAUAUUUUCUCGUCCCAUAGAAAAUUCUCAAUUCUUCUCCCCACAUCUACUUAGUUACUAUUGGAGUUUGCUUAAUAGUAUCUAUUAUAAAAGACAGUGCUUCUCAAAUCUGGCACUAGAAAGAGUGAACGAAAUAGUAUGUCCUCCCCCUCUCAACAUCAUCGACAGAGUUGUCAGUGUUAUCCGAAUACCAGACUAGGUAUUAGGUGAUCACGAGUAGGAGACACCUGUGUGAAAUUCUCCUUAGUUUAAAUCAACACUAUCAGAAUAGAUGGGGGAUCUCCCAAGCUUGAUGUGAUAUCUCACGCUUGACUACUCCAUCUGAAAUGGCAAGAUAGGCUGAUCGAAUGGUGAACAUGUCUCAUGUCUCUAGUUUCCAAUGAAAAAUAUGAAAUUGUACUAAAAACAUUGAAAAGUGAGAUUGAAAAAGGUUCCUUACAUAUUUCCUUGGUUUUCUGGGCGACCAAUGGCUAUCCAUCCUGAUAUUUUCUUCCUCCUGUGAUUUGGGAAUCCAUUGGUAAUUCUCUUGAUUGAAUGGCCGUUAAUGGUGGGGAUGCAUGCUAGGUUGGAGAUUCUCCCGCCAUACAUUGUGGUUGCUACCUUUUGGUAGCAAUAGGAGACAUACAAAGAAGUUGAGUGGUGUAGGUUUUUUCUUUUCUUUUUGAUAAUUUUAAGAGUGAGCAUCAUUGUUAACUAAUAAGAAGGGAGAUGAUUCUACAAUUUAAAGAGUAAAUGGGACUUUCCAUUUGCAUAAAAAGGGUUGAUUAGAGUGGUUUCUCAAGUCCGGUUUUACAGUCAAAAUCACAACGUUGUUAAGUUCGACUGAUUCCCUAUGUCCAACUCCCUAUCCAGUUCCUUUUAUAUAAGCUGGAGGAUUGUAGUUCAUUGUAGACAGUUUUACCCAUCAUGAUGUCUAGCAGGUGGAGGUCUCCUAAGCUUUUAUGAUUUCCUCCAGAGGAAGAAACAUAAAAUGUUGCACAGGUCCUGGACAUUGCUCCAAAUUUCUGAUGGGAUCCACUAUAAUUUUUGCCUUAAAAUAUAUAUAUAUAUAUAAAAAAAUCCAGUGAAGAAUUGGAUGAUUUAUGCUUGUGCUUAUUUUUUGAGACCAUUUGAAAUUUACUGUUGGAAGAGGCUUUCGUAUCCUUGUUCAUAAAGAUGUUUAUAACUGUGCACAGAUUUUUUGUUGAAUAUCUAGUUCUGUGACGAUUAAAAGUCCUGUUAAUAUUUCAUCCCUGCUGUUGAGAAUAAUGAUUAUCUGCAGGGUUUUGAAUGGCUUUGCGGGAGCCGAUGCUAGAAAACGGAUAACAGAUAAGCAAGGUCCCACGGUGGUUCAUCAGAAACCUGGGCCUUUGCAGACUAUUUUUGAUCUUCUUCCAUACGAGGCUAGUCCCUUGUUUACUCGAUUUGAAACAUUGUUAGGUUAAAAUUGUAUAUCAUUUUGAAUACAGGCUUCUGGAUAGUCAUUAAAAUAUUGCAACUGUUUGUCUAAUCAAUGCCUACUUGUAAUUUAGGUUGUUGACCAUAGCUAUUCAUGUGCUCUCGAGAGGUCAUUCCUGUACCAUGGGCGCAUGUAUGUCUCUGCUUGGCACAUUUGCUUCCAUUCUAACGUAUUUUCUAAGCAAAUGAAGGUUGGCUUAUCCUUCUUACAUUCUUGUGCUUGUUAACGUCCACUUUGUUGUGUGUAAUCCUGAAAAACUAUAUAAUUUCGAGACUGUAGAUCUGCCUUUCAUUGAUUUGUGUUAAAAAUAAGAUCAUAAGAACCUUGUUUUGAUUUCUGAAUUCCAUACUUAUCAGAAGCACUGUUACUAUUUCAAUUUGUCAGGUUUUUGUUGCCAAUUGUUUUACUGCAAGUGGUUUCUGCUGAUUCAUCCUUCAUACAAUUUGUAUCUGAGACACCGAAUUCUAUUCUCCGGUGACGUUGGAAGAAAAAAAAAAUUGAGGCCCAUAGAUUUUAGGUUAGGAUCGUGUGCAAAUUAACUUUACUUCUUAUUCUCUAAGUUUAAUAAAUUUCUGGUAUUUUUGGACUGUUGUAGUAAAGAACUAGGAAGUCAAUCGUGCCUUAGUUUAAGGUGUCCAGGCUUCAGUCUACUGUUAAUUUUUUUGUGUUCCUGAGAUGUCAAGUCCCUACCACAAGAGUUGCCUUCCUCGUACUUUGUCUUUGUUUUUUCCAAACAUGAGAAAAUUUUACCGGAUUUUUCUAGGAUCUAUUGAAGCCGUUGCGUUUAGAGACAUGAUGAGACACUUUAAUGCCAAAAGUAAAUUGAUUAAUAAAAUAUUCGCUGUGAUAUAAGCUUAUUAUUUUGGCUGUAAAACCUCAAUUUUCGUAUUUCGACUCUUAUUGACAGAUGUAAGUUAAAAGCAAUACUGAAGUUUUACUGGGAAGAAAAUAGCUGUACUCUUCAAUAUGUCGUCAAAGAGUAAAUACCUUAUGCUUAUGUAGAGAAUAAUUCAUCUUCAUAGCUGAGGGUGAGAUCCUUUUGCAAGGGCAAUCCCAGGCCUGUGUGCAUCAGAGUUUUCAAAACCGCACGUGACUCGCUUCUGAGGAUGGUCUCACCUAGUCAAUCCGGUUUUCCUAUCUGAUUGGGAUUACGGUGACAGUCUGUCAUUUUAGCCGAAUGUAUAACUGUGGAGUUUUAGGGAUGAUCACUUGUUCUAGACAGGAUAUUUUUACAUGUUUUUAAAUUCGUACGUCUGAAAAAUUAAUUUAUUAACUUUAACUAGUCAUAUGGAAAGUAAUGUCCUUUUCAAACCAGCUUUUUUUUUUUCUUGAUGUGUGAUUUUUUUUUAUAUAAUGCUUAUCAAGUUUAUUUUGAUUGUGGUUUUCAGGUGGUUAUACCAUUUGGUGACAUUGAUGAGGUAUGUUGCGUUCAAUAAUCUCUUAAUAUCUACGAUACAUAGGGUCAAAUUGACUUAGUUUAGCUCUGCAGAUAAGAAGAAGCCAGCAUGCAUUUAUAAAUCCAGCAAUUACAAUAAUUCUUCGCAUGGGUUCUGGUGGUCACGGUGUUCCUCCUUUGGGAAAUCCUGAUGGUGAGCAUCAUCUUUUGCACUUCAGGCCUAUGAAAUCUAAGCACGCGCUUCCUGUAUAGCUUGCCCAAUGUAACAUAAUGGUUGGUUACUUCCCUUAGAAACUACAACAAAUAGCGAGGGAUUAUAGUUUAAUGAAAGCAACUCAUGCUUUUAGCUUUGUAUUGGUCCUAAAUUAUGUGAUAGCGAAUCUGGCCUGAAGUAGUCUGCCCAAUCAUCCUGAUUUCACUUGCCGUCGCAAAUUGAUAAGAGUUCUCACAGGUUAUGCUUUAUGUUCUGUGUCAUCUCAUUUAUAGAUGCAUUCGAAGAAUCAAUUUAAACCGGAACAACAGCGAUUGUUCUGUUCAUAAGUUCUCUUAUUUUAGCUUGUCUUUCAUCAAGUUAUAAUGUCACUCUCUUUAACAUGCUAUCUAUCAGUAUGACUUGUUUCCUUGUAAUUAUUACAUUUCUUUAGACCAUGUGGAUCAUAAAACCUCAUGAGACCAUGCUUCAUAUAAUUAGAUGAUAUUUUUUUGUGGAACUACUUGCGCUUUUUUCUUGAAAGAAAUAAAUGCAUUCCAUCAAUGCAGUAGAUCAGUAAAGUCAAAAGAACAUGAUGCGAAAAGCCAUGUUUCACAUGGUAUGGUAGUACCUAGCUUGUGGGAGGAAGAAUUGAGGGAAAAAAAUAUAUAUAUCCAUUAGUGAGUUAUAAAGAAUAGUGGAGGAAAGUGUCUUUAUUAUAAUAAUUGGAACUCAAAAUAGUUACUCAGAUCCAUGAUAAAUUUGUGGGAAUGGAGAGUCACUUCCAGCAACUUCCAAAAGGUUUUAAAUACCUUAUUAUAGAAACAUGAAGAACUAUAUUCCUUAAAUCUCUUUUAAUCAUUGAAUCUCAGCCCUAGGUUUAAACUGAAAAGAACAUGGUCAAUUAACGUGCUAAUUACAAGGCUAUUUAACGACAAAAAGAUGGAUGCUUUCUGGCCGGCUCGCAUGCUAUUUACGUGACUGCUAAAAGACAAAACAAGAAGGAUUAUCAAGCCCACAUGGAAGAUAAAAGGCCAAAGUCCAGCACAUUAAUGUGUUCAUUAAGUCGGCAUGCUCUACAAUCACCAAUUUUCAUAUCACUGAAUGCUUGGAUCUUCUCCAUCCUGCACUUUCUUUAGUGGAUCAUAACCUGCUCACCAGCCUUUUUUCCUAAUUAUUUGUUUUUUUUUCCUUGGGUCUCCGUAAUAAAUUAAUUGGUUGCUAUCAAGAUUCUAUGUAUUGUCUUCUUGACUUCAUUUCAUUUCCCACAAAUAACUAUACUCUCCUGAAUAAACCCAGGUUCCGUUCCUUCUCCGCCCUGCUGUGUUCCCUACUUGCUUUCUGCCAUUAAGUUCCAGACUCAGAAGAUUUUGAGUCUUCUUAGGCCGUAUGUAAAAAUCUAGGUAGGGCCCAGAUCAUAUGGAUAAGGGAAACUUAUAAAGGUCACGUCGUUUUGUGAAAAAUCUAGAGAUAUGUUUUCUUUUUUAUAAUUGGUCAAUCAUCAUUCAGUACCCAUUGUCAUUAAAACAGCACAAUAUCAACCAUGUCUCUUACUUAUUCUCUUAAUUUCUCGCCUUUCUUUGGCUUAGUAACCUACAUUGCGUGAGCAUUAUAACUUGAACAUUUUUUUUGCUAUACUGAAGCUGUACUUACAUCAAUGGAUGCGCUAUCUUCGUCAUGCAGGAAGAGUCCGAUAUAAAUUUGCUUCAUUUUGGAACAGAAAUCAUGCAUUGAGAACUAUGCAACGUGCAGCAAAGAAUUUCCAAACUAUGUUAGAGGCAGAAAAGCAGGUAUAUUCUUCUGCAUUGGUCGAUUAGAUCUGAGGUUUUUUUGUUGUGUACAUGUUUUUUGAUGCCUUCCUCUCUUGGGCCCCUUAAAUUUAAGUAAAUAUGCUUCCAAACUUGAAUUUGAGUUUCUUGAAAUAGAAUGGAAUCGAACUAAUGUAUCUAAAAAGUUGUAAACAUUUUCGAUUAUGAACCAUGUUUGAGGUGAAUGAUUAUUAUCUUAACUUUUUACUGUGGUGGUUGACAUUUUUCAGGUUUUCUAUUUAGAUGCUUUCCAGUAUUUCCUACCUAGUUCAAUAAUACAUCUUUCCAAUCUCUUACUUCUGAUUAUCAUCCUAUGAAAAAUCCUCUCGCCUUGAGCAAAUCGCAUACACCUGCCUGAAAAUAUCAGCCUUUUUUUUAUUUCUGAUGCAUUUCUGAUUGAUGUAAUAUGCAGGAGAAGGCACAGUCCGCAUUACGCGCUCAUAGUAGCUCCAUGAAAGGCAGUCAACGGGAGAUCAAGAUACCUGAGGACGUCCUUGAGAUCGGAAACUUCCAACCAUUCAUCAAAGAAGAAGUUUUAGUGGGCAUCGUUAACGUAUGUCUCUGGUGUCUUCUGGCAGCUUACAGCCCCUCGUGUCAUUAUUCUUGUGCUAACUUCGUCCCACCAUCUACAGGACGUCUUCCCAUGCACUGCAGAGCAGUUCUUCACUGUUUUAUUGAGUGAUGAUUCGAAGUAUAUCUAUGAGUACCGAACAGCACGAAAAGAUUCUGUUCUCGGUGUAAGUUACCAUUUAUAUGAUAGCAUUUGAAACUCAUCCCCUGAAAUCAUACUAUAAUUGAGAAGAACCUGCUUUCUCUCUCUACACUAGUGCAGUUUUAUGCGCCUAGAAUCCAAUACCCAUCUGUUAACCUGCCAUUCCUGCCUUGAUUUCAGAUGGGUCAGUGGCAUGUUGCUGAUGAGUAUGAUGGCCAAGUGAGAGAAAUAAAUUUCAGGUCUGUGUGUCACAGCCCGAUGUGCCCUCCAGACACGGCCAUGACUGAAUGGCAGCAUGCCGUGCUGUCAGCCGACAAGAACUCUCUGGUGAGCUAAUGGCGGCAGUCAGCUUGUCUUCUGACACUGUUUCAUGCAUCCCAAUGUAGGUUUAUGGGUCCUCUGUCUUCCCUUCUGCAGGUGUUUGAAACUGUGCAGCAAGCCCAUGAUGUUCCAUUUGGCUCUUACUUUGAGGUGAGCGAGCAUCUGGUCCAUUGAUUGCCUGCCUUAUCAUUUCUAUUCUCAACUCCCCAACCUUGGGCCUUCUGUUGACCCUGGGGAUGAUUGACUUUAAUGGCGGCUAAUUCUCUCUCUAGUGGAGUAGGCUGUAGUAUGUAUAUAUAUUCUGGGAUUUCUUCUUUUGUACAUCAUGUUUAUAUACAGAUUUAGCUGCUAGUUGCCAACACAAUUGCUGAAUCCUACUUAUUUUUGGAAAAAAAGCUGCUGACAUCUAUCUGAGGUGGUUGACUUUAGUGCUUUAUCUCUCAUUUCACCGGUGGGGGCCCGUCAUGGAGAUUACUGCCGAUUUUUGCUCUCUGAGGUGGUUAGAGCCGCAAGAGAGUGUCGUGGUUGACUUUAGCGCUUUAUCUCUCCACGAUAAUAGGAAGAUCAGGCAUCUUCUAGUGGCAUAGAUUUCCCAUUUCGGAAGGCGGAAAGUUUUCUCUGUUCUUCCUCUGAUUUCACGAGUGGGGCCCAUGAUAGAGCUGCCGUUAUCUUGUCCAGAUCCACUGCAAAUGGCAUCUGAAGAAGAACUCGGAGUCUUCGUGUGAUCUAGACAUAAAAGUCGGUAAGGCUGUCGUUCUCGUUUGUCGAGUUUGGCUGCUGUUGAAGUAGCACUUUGCUCUUCCCCUCUGGAGAAAUGUGUUGGGUGCUGUGCAGGUGCCCAUUUCAAGAAAUGGUGCGUCAUGCAGUCUAAGAUAAGAUCUGGAGCUGUGGAUGAGGUACGUCUCCUAAACUUUUAGAAUUCAUGAUGGAGGGUUGGAAAGUAUAUCUGAUAUUAUUCACUCAUUCAUUCAUUCAUUCAUUCAUUCGUAGGGCUAUCCAUCUACCUCUCUCUCUCUCUCUCUCUCUCUCUCUCUCUCUCUCUCUCUCUCUCUCUCUCUACACCCAUUGAUACACGCACACACGCUGGAGCCCAUUUUCUUAUUUGGGGGGUUUCCUUAAUGCUGUGUUCUCAUCGACCACGCAGUACAAGAAAGAGGUGGAGCUGAUGCUGGAGGUGGCCAAGGCGUACCUCCUCAAGGCCAACUCUCCCCCCCCCGAAGAACCAACCACCACCACCACCACCACCGCCGCCGCCGCCGCCGCCACCACCGCCGCCGCCACCACCACCACCGCCGCCACCAGCGUCCCCCCCACCAGCGCCUAA